UUUACUGGGUAACCUAAAAUUUGGGCUAUAGGUAGUAACAUACGUUUGCUAGAAAGGUUAAACGAAAAUUUAUUAAAAAUAAUUCUAAAUUUUGUCACUUAUAUUUGUGCUAACCAUGGAUUACCAAAGCAGACAACUAGCCGAAGAUUUAUUCUUUCGACCAGUGGAUGCUCGAAUACGAAAGCCCAAAGAUAAUCGUAAGGAGGAGGAAGACCCGCACCCGCACCUAAAGGUGGAAAUGCAGACCAUCCGACUGAGUUCGGAUUCACAGAAAUUAGUUCUGGACACUUUGAGGUUCAUCCAUGGUCCCGAUUUUAAACUGGGAAGCGCUAGUGUUUAUAAAGAUAAAGGAUCAAACCUCAGAAACAAAUAUUGGAUGGAACGUGGUAACCUGGUGGUACAGGGUGGAACAGAUUACUCUCUGCAAGUGAAGCCUGACAUAGCGUCAUCGGAAGCAAGGCUUAGGGCUUUUGCGUUGGCCAAAUUGGAAAAAUACAAUUUCCACAAACCGCAUUGUGCUGAAGCACUAGAAAUGGCAGCUGAGAAUGUCGACAAGGCAUUGGAGAUAUUAUUUUACAAAUAUUUCAAAGUCGACCCACAAGAGAAACCGGAGCACAUACCCACCUCAGCGGAACUCCUCGAAAUGAGAAUGGAUGAAAAGGCCGUUCUUGAAUCUAUUUACGAUUCAAAUUUCAGAAUCAAAGAAAACUAUAUAUGGAGCAUCAAAUUGAAUCUAGAUUAUUUGUCGAAAAUGUAUGAAAAUAAAGAGGUUGAUGUGAAAAAGAAAAACUCAAGAUAUCACAGUGAUUUUAAACCUAAAAGGAAGGAAGUGUGCAAACUGUACCUCAAAGGUCCGUGCAGAUUCGGUGCUAAAUGUAAAUUCUUGCACGAGAACAAAGUUGAGGAGGCAUCUAAAGACAGCGAUGCAAAAGAAUGUGAGAAAAUAUCCUACGAAUUGGAAAUACGGUUUCCAGAUGAAACUGUAUAUCCGUAUCAACCGCCUCUGUUGUUUUUCAAAACUGAAAAUACAACAAAAACCAUACCAGAACUAACGUGUUUACGUAUUACGGGUAGAUUAUUAGACGAAGCUAAAGUUUUAGCACAAGACGGUGUACCCAGUAUAUACUCAUUGGUCGAGUUGCUUAAUAAUGAAGAAGAUAUAUUGAAUUUUAUACAAUUUGAUACUAGAACUUUCCCAGAACCCUCAGAUGCCUUAUUGCCUCAAUUAUUAGCGAAUUCUAGUGAUUUAAGUAAAGAAAAGUUACCGUCACAUUACCAAAAAUCGGAUGGUAAAAAUAAUAGAUCCAAUAUAAAUUUUGAGGACACUUUGAGGGAGAAUAAAGAGAUUGCAAAGCAAUGGUUGGAGAAAAAAGAAAACAAUAGGUACAAUAAAAUGAUGUCUGGAAGGCGGAAACUUCCGGCUUGGAAAAAGAAAGGUGAUAUUUUGGACGCCAUCAAGAAGUCACAGGUAGUGGUAAUCAGCGGCGAAACUGGUUGCGGUAAAAGCACACAAGUGCCUCAAUAUAUCCUUGAUAAUUGGUUAGCCAACUUCAACAAAGAUGGCGCUGAACACGCGGAGAUCAUUUGUACGCAACCGAGGCGGAUAUCCGCUAUAGGAGUCGCCGAGAGAGUGGCCGAAGAGAGAGUGGAGAAGAUAGGACAGGUUGUUGGUUAUCAGAUAAGACUAGAAAGUAAGAUAUCAUCGAAAACACGUUUAACAUUCUGCACAACUGGCAUACUUCUGCGGAGGUUAGAAUAUGACCCUCAGCUGAAGUCAGUCACUCACAUACUAGUUGAUGAGGUCCACGAGAGGUCAGAGGAGAGUGACUUCCUCCUGCUCAUACUGAGGGACCUGGUCAGGGUCAGGAGGGAUUUGCGAGUGGUGUUGAUGAGCGCCACAUUGAAUUCUGAAUUGUUCGCUCAGUAUUUCGAUGACGUACCAAUUUUGGAAAUACCAGGCAGAACAUUCCCAGUGGAACAACUGUUUCUAGAAGACAUAAUGGAAAUAACUAAUUACGUUAUGGAAGAGAACGGUCCUUACUCAAGAAGAUUAAAGAAAGGUGAAAAGAAGCAAGACUUGGAAACGGAAUUGGAAACCAGCGAUGUACGUACCGAAGCCCUGGAGCCACCGAAGACGUCGAUACGCGAUGAGAACCUGUCCGUAGCGCAGAUGAUGGCUCGAUAUAGCAACUGUGGCAAAACCACGUGCAAAAACAUGUACAUGAUGGACACUGAGAAGAUAAACCUCGAUUUAGUUGAGCACGUGUUACAAUAUAUAGUCAACGGUGACCACAAAUGGCCGCAAGAGGGCGCCAUUUUGGUGUUCCUACCGGGAAUAGCUGAAAUCAUGUCGCUACACGACCAGUUGGCCGAGAGUCACACGUUCAGUCCCAAAACCGGCAAAUAUCUACUUUUACCACUACAUUCAACCUUAACAAGCGAGGAACAAGCUCUAGUUUUCAAGAAACCCAAGCCCGGAGUGAGAAAAAUCGUCAUAUCUACUAACAUAGCAGAAACGUCGGUCACUAUAGACGACUGUGUGUUUGUCAUAGACUGCGGCAGGAUGAAGGAGAAAAGAUUCGACUCGAACCGCAACAUGGAAUCGUUGGACCUGGUGUGGGUGUCGCGCGCCAACGCAAAACAACGUAAAGGCCGAGCAGGGAGAGUGAUGCCGGGCGUGUGUGUUCAUCUGUACACGUCACACCGUUACAACUAUCACAUAUUGGAGCAGCCCGUUCCUGAGAUACACAGGAUACCCCUCGAGCAGCUGUUGUUGAAGAUAAAAAUAUUACCGCUGUUUCAGAAUAUGAGUGUGCAUGAAGUUUUGGCAAAAACAAUAGAACCUCCAUUAAAAGCGAACAUAGACGGUGCACUAUCUCGUUUGCAAGACGUGGGCGCCGUAGACAAGUCUUACUCGCUCACUCCGCUGGGCACUCACCUCGCCGCUUUGCCGGUAGACGUGAGAAUCGGCAAGCUCAUGUUGAUGGGCGCCAUAUUUUGUUGUGUCGACUCCGCAUUGACAAUGGCGGCGUGUUUGAGUUACAAGAGUCCUGUUGUGUCGCCGAGAGAUAAGAAGUCCGAAGCCGACGCAAAAAGGAGAGAGUACGCAUGCGCAAAUAGUGACCACCUGACCACGUUAAAAGCUUAUAGGAAAUGGCAACAGGCCAUGAAGAUUAGCACUCAUGCCGGUUUUACCUUCGCCAAUGAGAACUUCCUGUCCCACAAGACAUUGCUGAUGCUGUCUGACAUCAAGUAUCAGCUGUUGGGGCUGAUCGCGGACAUCGGGUUCGUUCCCGCCCUGGGGAGGAGGGUGGGGAGGUCGGGGAGGGAUUGCGUGGCCUCCCUGACUCCGGAACAGUUGAAUGUGAACGGCAACAAUGACAGACUGCUGGCUGCUUUGCUUUGUGCGGCGUUGUAUCCCAACGUUGUAAAGGUGCUGACACCGGAGAAAUCGUUUCACAUGCAAGCCGGCGGCGCGAUCCCUCGUCAGCCGAACGCGGACGAGCUCAAGUUCAAGACGAAGACCGACGGCUACGUGGCGCUGCACCCGGCCUCCGUCAACUCCGGCGCAGGACACUUCGCCAGCCCCUACCUCGUGUUCCAGGAGAAGGUGAAGACGACCAGGGUGUUCGUCAGGGAGAGCUCCAUGGUGCCGCAGAUACCUCUGGUGCUGUUCUCUGGAUGCAAUUUAUCAGUGGAACUUCAUAAUGGAACCUUCAUAGUAUCAUUGGAAGAUGGAUGGAUCAUGUUCCAAGUCGAAAAACACGAGGUCGCAGAAAUGCUGAAAGCAAUCAGAAUUGAACUCAUAAACCUUCUAGAAGAGAAAAUCAACGAUCCUUCGCUUAAUUUGCUGCAUUACGAAAAAGGAAAUAGGAUUAUAAAUACUAUAGUGCAAAUUGUUAGUAAAGAUUAAAAAUAUAGAUAAUUUUGUUUUACACCAUUUUUUUUUCAAUUUAAUACACAAAAAUUUAGCUUUUAGUAGGUACCCCAUAUUUAACGUAUUGAUGAAGUCAAAAGUUUGGAAAUCAACAUUUCAAGAUUGAUCUCUUUUUUACUACGCUUUUAUUAGCUUGGGUUGUAUGUAUGUAUGUAUGUAUUUUAUAUUUUUAGAUUAGCAACAUGUCACUAUUUGAAUCUCAAUACCAUCAUGAAGCCAUACAGGUGAACGUGGCCUUUCAGUCUUUUUAAGACUGUUGGCUCUGUCUACCCCGCAAGGUAAAGACGUGACUAUAUGUAUGUAUGUAGAUUAUGAAAAUUUAAUUUCAGAGUUUUAAUUUUUAUUGUGUGAUGUGUAAUUUUAUUGAAGGGAAUAACUAUUAAUUUUGAUAGUAUUGAAGUAUUUUCGUGGCAAGUCAAAGGAUGUUUCUGCCUACCCCUCCGGGGAAGAGCCCUGAUUUAUACAGGGUGACAUUUAAAACAACUGCAUCCUUUUAAACAUAGACUAUACCCAUGCUUCUGAGCCGUUUGAGCUUUUUAUUUAAAUUAAACGACAUUUUCACAUUUAAAAAACCCUCAAAAACUACGUCACACGCUUUAUUAAAGACCAAUACUACAAAAAGAAAUUAAAACUAAACAUGUAAAUAAAUGUCUGAAAAAAAAAAAUAUUUUUCUAGUAUCAAGAUCAAGGAAAGUACAGAGUUGUCGAGAUCGCUCAGCUGUGAAAUGAACUGUGUCGUUGACCUCUGAAUCUUACGCGUCGCUUUUCCGCCGGCCGGGGUAAUAUGACGUAUUUAGGAUCGUGGAUUUUGAUACUUUUAUUUUUUUCGUACUUUCUGAAAUAUGAACCGAUAUUUUUCUUUUAACGUUUUUAAAUAUCCUUUACAUGAGUACACUUUACAGUUAAAUUUAUGCAGUUGAAUUAAAAGUCACCCUGUAUAUGUAUGUUAGUAUUAGCAAUGAUAUUUGUUCCGUACCAUUAUUGAGUUUUAUGUAUGUUCUUGCAAUUUAAUACUCUAUGGCCCAGUGGUUGAGAGCACUAUUUGUACUGUGUUCAAUUCCCAACGCGGGUAAAUAUUUUUACCGUUGGUAGGUAUAAUUAUUUUUUGUUACAGCCAAUUUUAUAAUCAUAAAAAAUUAAUACUUACAAAUUAAUUUAGCAUACAAAUUUUGUGUAUAAACAUGUGAUUUACAAAUGUAUUAUGUUUAACUUUAUUAAUGAAUUUGUACAGUAAUGAAAUGUUUGUAAAUAUAGAUUUUUAUUUUGUUAAAUUGUAACAGCUUUUGCUGCAAUUGUGUAUUUUUUAAAUAAAGCACCUAAUUCGUACU